UUUAUCUCAAGUCGUGUUCAGUCGGUCCAGCGAAGUUUAAUUUGUGGAGACCAGGUCAAAGGAACGCAGCUGUUACAUACCUACCUUAUCAACCGGACCGGACAGGAGGCCGAGCCCAGAAUUCGUCACGGGUACCUCGGCAUCUCUCCAGCUAGGUAUCUCUACUAGGGUAGGACCUGUUUGGCCUAACACCAACGGGAGUGCCUACGACAUUCCAUGUCACCAACUUCACGCUCAAACAUCUGGAUGUUGGAUUUGGUUCCUGGUGUUGAAAUCAAGCUCUGACGAGCGACAGCCAAUCGGAUCACCACCGUCCCAGACAGACAGCCAGAAACCAAAGCCCCGAGCGCGGAACUGAAGCUGAAGCGCUGCAGGCCAGGUGUCCCGCGCAGUGAGCCCAGUGUUUCAGGACACACGAUUGGCUAGACCUCGGCCCUACGGCGGCAGUGGUAUGGUACACAGCGCACCAUGUCCGCCGACUUCUGGGCCGGAUACGUCUCCGGCGCCAUAGGCAUCGUCAUCGGCAACCCGCUUGACAUUCUCAAGGUCCGCCUCCAAGCCGGCGGCUCUUCCUCGUCGUCUUCCCCCUCUUCUUCCCUACCCACCCCAAUCCCAAACUCAACCCCGUCACCACCACCCACCUCAGGCACACCAACAACAACCUCGUGGAUCCGGCCCUUCCUCAGGGGCACUGCUGCCCCGGUCCUCGGCUACGGCGCCCUCAACGCGCUCUUAUUCGUCUCCUACAACAGAACCGAAUCAGCCAUCAACCACUUUGUUUUCGGAAUCGACCCCUCUCUGCCUUUACAAACGGGGGUCAACCUCUGGAGUACCUGGAUCGCGGGCGCCGUAGGCGGGUUGGCUACGUGGGUGGUGAGCACGCCUACCGAGUUGAUCAAGUGUCGGGUUCAACUUGCAGAGGAGCAGCAGGGGCAAAGAUCGAGGGGGACCCAAGGUAGUAGUAGUAGGGGGGGAAUAGGAAUAGUAGGAACUGAGAAAGGGUCAUCGUCAUGGCAAGUAACCAAACACGUCCUUCGCACCCAAGGAAUCAAAGGCCUUUACUUUGGCGGGGCGGUGACGGCGCUGAGGGAUAGUAUCGGGUACGGUUUCUAUUUUUGGAGUUAUGAGUUGAGUUCGAGAUGGAUGGUGGCUGCUGCUUCUUCUUCUUCUUCUUCUUCUUCUUCUUCUUCUUCUUCUUCUUCUUCUUCUUCUUCUUCUUCUUCCUCUUCCUCUUCUUCUCAGGCCGGAGGUAUCUUGACCUCCGAAGCAGCCCGCGUCCUUCUCUGCGGUGGACUGGCGGGAAUCAUCACUUGGGCGAGCAUUUUCCCCCUGGACGUGAUCAAGACACGGGUUCAGACCCAGGGGAUCCUUCCACUUCCAGCUUCGGGUUCGGGUGUUAUCGAAACCCAAGGGGAGCAAACUGCACUCUUGGACAGAACGGCGAGCCGGCGGAAGCAAAGGCCAUUGGGAGCUUGGGAAAUCGCCAAGCUGACCUACAGAGAGGGCGGGGUCAAGCCGUUCUUUAGGGGGUUGGCGGUCUGUAGUGUCAGGGCUUUCAUCGUCAAUGCUGUGCAGUGGGCAAUGUAUGAGUGGAUCAUGACGGAACUUGGGCAGGGCAGGAGGGCGAAGGCAUCGGGCACCGGUGGUGUCGAACCGGGAACUUUGGGAAGCGGCGAGCUUGCUGGGAUGGGUGCUGCUUGAGGUGCAGUGGACUGCAAUUCUUUGCUAGCAACGACGUACAAUACACGCUGCCUUCAUUUAGCGGAAAGAGAUCAGGGUCAAUGCUGUGUAAUGACCAACUGGAUAUUCUUUUUCUUCUUUUCUUUUGAUGGAAAUACACCUAAGGCCAUCACGUCAACAAUGGCCCCAUCACCUCUGUUAGUGGCCGUCAUAAAUCAGAUGGAAAGGGAAUGUCGAUUCCCCUUCAGCCAAGCAGCCGUAACGUUCCUACCAAGCAUGUACAGUCAAACAGUAGGACAUCAGGCAAAAUAUCUGACGGGAUCAAAGAUUGUACAGAACUGAAAAGAACUCGAUUCUCCAG